AUAUGGCUGCGUCCAUGAGCAGAAAGCCGGGCAACUUAAUUUUAGGAAUUGUUAAGCGAUUAAGAACAAACCACAGAUUGACCUUCAGUAAUUACAGUAGUAUACGACGAUCUGUAAACGAAAUACUCAAUACACCGGAAGAACAUGUUGAAGUUAAUGACAUAUCGGUUAAUGGCUGGGUUUUGGCUCUGCAGAAACACAAAAGUGUGACCUUCAUGCACUUAUGGGAUGGAUCAACAUCUAACCAUCUUCAAGUUGUACUUGAUGGCAACAUUUCUGACAAAGUGACUUGUCAUGGUGGAAGUGUACAUGUAUGUGGGGACUUGAUCAGGAGUCCAGGCAGCUUACAGAAAUGGGAAUUGCUGGCCAAGAAAGUCGACAUAAUAGGCACAAGUGAUACCACUUUUCCAAUUAGCCAGACAAAGUCUAAACAAUCACUGGACACAACACGGGAAUAUUUACAUCUGCGUUCAAGGUCAAAAAUCAACAGCUCUAUAUUUAGAGUGAGAAAUGCAGCAACUAUGGCCAUCCACAAAUUCUUUCAGACAAACAACUUCAUGCACAUUCACACUCCAAUGUUGACGUCCAACGACUGUGAAGGAGCUGGGGAAGUCUUCAAUGUGAAGCCUGAUAAAGAGGAUCUUGUGGAGCAAAUUGAGAGUGAGAUGCAAGAAAUGACAGAUGUUGGAGAGGAAAAUAUACACUUCUUCAAAAAGCCUGUUUAUUUAACAGUUUCAGGCCAGUUGCAUCUGGAAUCUUUCUUAGGAGCCUUCGGUAAGGUCUACAGCUUCGGUCCGGCUUUCCGUGCGGAGAGUCAAUCUGGCGGACGGUUUCACCUUUCCGAGUUCUACAUGGUUGAGGGAGAGAUUGCAUUUCUAGAUGACCUUGAAGGUUUAUUGAAGGUGAUGGAAGAUCUUGUGAAAUUUUCUACAAAGGAAAUCUAUGAAAAUUCUGAAGAAGAUGUCAACUUCAUAACUAAAUAUGUUGGUGAAAAACAAUAUACAGAAAAUAUCAACACAAUGAUGGAGAAAGACUUUGUAAGAAUAUCUUACAGUGAGGCUAUGCCUAUACUUGAAAAGAAGAACAAAAAAUUUGAAACAAAAGUUAAGUGGGGAGAUGACCUGAACAAGGAACAUGAGAAGUACCUUGUUAAACACUGUGGCAAUGUACCUGUUUUUCUGACAGACUUCCCUGCAUCGAUUAAACCAUUCUAUGCACUUGAAAAUAUUGACAACAGAACGGCUGGAGCCGUGGACCUACUAGUACCUGAAGUUGGUGAACUGUUCGGUGGUACUCUCAGGGAACACAGAUUUGACCAUUUGGAGCGCAAGCUGAAAGAUAUAGGCCAGCAGGAUCAGCUUCAUUGGUACCUUGACUUACGGAAGUACGGAAGUGUGCCACACGGUGGAUUCGGUAUGGGAUUCGAGAGAUAUCUACAGUUCUUACUCGGUGUGAGGAAUAUUAGAGACACAAUACCAUUUCCUAGAACUCCAUUGAACUGUAAAAUGUGAUUAGAUCUACUGCCUUUCAAGAUGCAAAUAAUGAUUACUGUAUUAAGGGAUGUGAAAAGAAAUUAUUUAAUAAAAGUGUGAA